AUGGCAGCAGGCGUCGUGCUGCGCAACGCCGAGCUCGUCCGCGUCAUCGCCAGCUACGAGGCCGGUGUCUACGCCGACGUCCGCGCCUGCUUGCGCUGCGUGCAUGAAGCCAGCUGCAGCCUGCUGCGCCCUUCGGCCUUCCGCCACCCGUGGCUUCUGCGCCUCGUGCCCUUCUACGACGCGCUCGACCAGCAACUGGCCGCGUUCGCUGCCGCCUUUGCGCCAUGGCUCGCACAGUGGGGCGUUCGCCGCCUACAUCGCCUUGUAGCAUGCGACGACAACAUGCGCUUUGUCCUGCUGACGCAUGCCGUGGCCGUGAACGACGAGGUGCUCUUGGCGUCCAUCCUCGCGUCGCCGGCGAUGUGCCCGACCGACACACUGCCGUUCACACACGCAAUCGAGCUCGGCGCUUGGAAGGGCCACGUCAAAGUCGUACAGAUGCUCUUGUUGCGUAAGGACCACCGCUGUACUGCCUCUGCGCUGGACUUGGCGGCGCGGGCCGGUCACUUGCCAAUGGUCCAGAGUCUCCACACGCGCGGGUAUGAGGCCACGCGCCGAGCCAUGGACGACGCAGCGACCCGCGGCCACAUCAAAAUCGUACGCUUCCUCCACGACGUGCGCCGCGAGGGCUGCUCGACGGACGCCAUGGACGGCGCGGCCGCCAACGGUCACUUGAACGUCGUGGCCUUUCUGCACGACCACCGCCGCGAAAGCUGCACGGUACGCGCGAUGGACGAGGCAGCCGCCAACGGUCACUUGACCGUCGUCGACUUCUUGCACCGGUUCCGCCACGAGGGGUGCUCGACGCGCGCGAUCGACGGAGCGAGCUUCCACGGACAUUUGGACGUCGUCCGGUUCCUCUUGACGCACCGGCGCGAAGGCGGCUCGCGCGAAGCGAUCAUCGGCGCGCAGCAGCGCCACCACAGUGCCAUCGUCGCACUACUUAGCGCAGCUACGUUGACAAUGUGA